GGGGGGGGGGGGUCUAAGAGGCUUGCAGAAAAAACAAAUUGAGUUCGAACGACAAUCCAACAUACGACAUAGGGAAGAGAUUGAAAAGUUGAAAGAAUCAUUCAUGUCCAAGCUUGAAGAAUUAUCAACCAAGAUGGCACAUAUGCAAGCUAACUUUGAUAGUCAUUCUAGCUUUGGCAGCCAUUCUAGAGUCAAUACAAUAGAAGUUGAGGCCCCAAUUGACACUGCUCCAGAAGUUGAGGCACCGAUGGACACUACUCCAGAUGUUGACGCACCAAUUGACACUACUCCAGAAGUUGAGGUACUGAUGGACCCUACUCCAGGAGUUGAGGCACCUGUUGACACUAGUACUUUGUAUGAGACACCUACACCUUCACCUUCUAUUCAUCCUGAGCCACUAAAGAAAGAUGUUAAGUGAAAAUUAUACAUUGAGCAAGGUGGUGAUGUUGUGGCUCUUGGACGGGUGGUGGCUACCAAAGGCAAUGUACAUGGGAAAAGUUUAGCACCUGGUAACUAUCGCAUGGUUGUUGAUAGAUUUCUAGAUGGGAGUGCAAAACUACCUGUCUCAGUUGGGGAUGAGAUGACUCUUGUGGUUCAUGCGGUCAAUAGUUAUGUUGCUUGGCCAUCGCAUCUGAUCAUUACUUAUGACAU